CACAUGUGGCCUGACGCAGCGAGUUUCUCAGGUUGUAUUUGCUGACUUGGUAAAGAACAGACUAGAGCUCUUCUCAGAUUGCAUGAUUCAACCCACCAAUGGAGAAACUCUUUGUUCUCACGGUGAUGCUUGCAUCAUGUUGUGCACUCACCAAAGAUCUUUCUGGCAAAGUCUUUGUGUUCCCCAAGGGGACAGCCAAUGAUCAUGUGAAAUUGAUCACACCCAAGACAUCCUUCAGUGCAGUCACCGUCUGUUUCAGAUUUGUCACAGAUCUCACCAGGAACUAUGUCCUCUUCUCUCUGGCCACACCGGCGCUCAGCAAUGAUUUAGUCAUCUUCAAGCUCCAAACGGACAACCUGAGAGUUCACAUUCGGCAAGGCGGCACGGACUUCCUGUCGCUGUCUUUUCCUUCCAACUCCUGGCAUACAUUGUGCGCCACCUGGGACUCUGAAAAUGGAAUUGCCCAAUUGUGGAUGGACGGCAAGCCCACCAUCAAGAGGUUUAUCCACUCUGGGCAGCCCAUCACGGGCAAGCCGAGCAUCAUCCUCGGCCAAGAGCAGGACAAAUAUGAGGGAGGCUUUGAUGCCUCUCAAUCUUUCAUUGGCAUGAUCUCGCGACUUCACAUGUGGGACUACGUCCUGUCUCCAAAGGAGAUCCGACGCUACGAGGAAGAUUCAAACUUCACCCCGGGGAACGUCCUCAACUGGAGAGCCUUAGACUAUGAAAUCACCGGCAGAGUUUUGGUGGAAGAUGAGCUCACGUUGUAGAAGUCUGAAAUUACACUUGUGUAUUAUUAAACUUGCAUUUGAAGAUCA